AUGUCCAUUCAGACUAACAACCUAAACAAGAUUAGCCUCGUACCACUUUCUCAAAUCAGACGGCCCAUCGCACCCGUGCUUGACUAUGACAAGAUUGAUGCAAUGGUAUCAACGAUGGAAGGUAAACCUGCGCCUAGCAGAACCUGUUCUCUCGAGGAAGCCACAGAAAUGAAUGGCGAACUACCUCCCAUCGACGUACUAUGUGUCCGUGAGGACGGAGAAAACUACUACUUUGCGUUCGGAGGCUGUCAUCGCUUCCAGGCUUACGAGCGUCUGAGUGCGAAGACCGGCGAGGACGCGCCUGUGCGGUGCAAGAUCAUCCCAGCCACACGAAGCCAGCUACGCUUGUAUGUCGGCACAAGUGUCGACAAGAUGUUUGCAGCUAUUGACGAACAAAAGCAGCAAAGAAGCCAAGAAGCUUAA